UCUCUCUCUCUUUCUCUCUCUCUUCAAUAGUAGAGGCGUGUCUUCUGUUAACAGCCUCAGUGAACAAGGAAGUUGUGUCUUCAGUAGUGAGCUCUGUGUGUGUAAGCAUCGACUGGCUACCGUGACAGCAGAUACCCGUGCAGUGUGUGUAUGUGUUUGUGUGUGUGUGUGUGUGUGUGUAUGUGUGUUUGUGUUUGGACAGUCUCUCGGAUACUGGUAUUGGCAAACAUUUAUGUGACUUCACACACACACACUUUUGUGUGUUUGUGUUACAGCUAGCUACGCUUUGAUUGUGUGUGGUUUGUGUGUGUGUGUGUAUGUGUGUGUGUGUGAGUGUGUGUGUGCGUAUCUGUGUGUGGUAAGUGCUUGAGUGGAAAGGCUUCAGUGGCGAAGACGCACACAUGCGUCUGUCUGUCUGUCUGACAGUGCCUUUGUGUGUGUAUGUGAGUGUGUAAUUGUGUGUGUGUGUGAGAGAGAGAGUGUCAUGCCUCAGCGAUGCCCCUUCGGGGGCUGCUGUCUGGCCCCGCUGCUGUUUGGAUGUGGCCCCUGGGGCCGGGAGGGGGACUCGGGGCCCCUGAGUGACGAGGACUACCUGGAGAGGAGCUCGAGCAGCUCAGUGACCCUGGGCACCACCGAUGCGGAGGACAGAGCCACACACAGGCUCAAGCAGCAGGAGAAAAGUGUGAAGGAGGGCCUGCUGUUGAAACAGACCAGCUCCUUCCAGAGAUGGAAGAGGAGGUACUUCAAGCUCAGAGGAAGGACCCUCUACUAUGCCAAAGACGCCAAGUCCCUCAUAUUCGAUGAGGUGGACCUGUCAGAUGCCAGUGUUGCCGAGACCAGCACCAAGAAUGUCAACAACAGUUUCACGGUGAUCACUCCCUUCAGGAAGUUGAUGCUGUGCGCUGAGAACCGCAAGGAGAUGGAGGACUGGAUCAGUGCUCUCAAAUCAGUGCAAAAGUGGGAGACCUAUGAGGCCAGUCAGUUCAACAUGGAGCACUUCUCGGGGCUGCAUAACUGGUAUGCCUGCUCCCAUGCCCGGCCCACGUUCUGUAACGUGUGCAGAGACGCGCUGCCCGGAGUGACCUCCCACGGCCUGUCCUGUGAAGUGUGUAAGUUUAAAGCCCACAAGCGAUGCGCCAUCAGGUCUACCAACACCUGCAAAUGGACCACACUGGCUUCCAUAGGAAAUGACAUCAUUGAGGAUGAAGAUGGGGUGUCCAUGCCUCACCAGUGGCUGGAAGGGAACUUGCCGGUCAGUGCCAAGUGUGUAGUGUGUGACCGUAACUGCGGGAGUGUCCGCCGCCUUCAAGACUGGCGCUGUCUCUGGUGCAAAGCCAUCGUGCAUAACAGCUGUAAGGAGCUGCUGGGGAAGCAGUGCCCCCUGGGCCAGAGCAGAGUGUCCAUCCUACCGCCCACCGCUCUCAACAGCAUUGAUUCUGACGGCUUCUGGAAGGCCGGUAGUCCAGCCUGCUCCAGCCCAUUGCUGGUCCUGGUCAACUCUAAGAGCGGAGACAACCAGGGGGUCAAGUUCCUGCGCAAGUUCAAACAGCUGCUGAACCCCGCCCAGGUGUUCGACCUGAUGAACGGAGGACCGCAGCUCGGAUUGCGACUCUUCCAGAAGUUUGUGACGUUCCGUGUCAUAGUAUGUGGGGGAGACGGAAGUGUUGGGUGGGUUCUUUCUGAACUGGACAAACUAGGACUCCAUAAACAGUGCCAGCUGGGAGUCCUUCCCCUGGGCACUGGGAAUGACCUGGCCCGCGUGCUGGGCUGGGGCGGCCUGUGUGACGACGACGCCCAGCUGCUGCAGAUCCUGGAGAAGCUGGAGAGGGCCACCACCAAGAUGCUGGACAGGUGGAGUAUAAUGACCUAUGAGGUGCCCACUAAGAAUGCCCCAGCCAUAGUAAAGGAGGACGACCCUCAGGAGACUCCUCUACAGGUCCAGAUGACGCAGUAUGCAGACUCCGUGGUCUCUCACCUCACCAAAAUACUGGACUCAGACAAGCACAGUGAUGUCAUUUCCUCCGCCAAGUUUCUGUGUGGGACGGUGAAUGACUUUGUGGCGGAGGUGGGCAAAGCCUAUGAGCAGGCAGCAGAGAAUCGUGAGGAGGCGGACGCCAUGGCUAAAAAGUGUGCCAUGCUGAAUGAGAAGCUGGACUUGCUGGUGAAGGCCCUGAGCGAGGAGGCCGAUGCCCAGCUGGUGCCCACGGGCUCCAUGUCACCACGCUCCGAGGGCGAGGACGCGGACGGUGGCCACUCCUCCUCGGGCGACUCGCCCGGCGACGGCCCUGGGGUGCCCCGACCCUUCAGGAGCCGCGAGCAGCUGAUGCUCAGGGCCAACAGCCUGAAAAAGGCCCUGCGCCAGAUCAUCGAGCAGGCCGAGAAAGUGGUGGACGAGCAGAACAGGCACACCCAGGUGCAGCGCAUGUCCUCCUGCUCCUCCAUCAAGCGGCAGGGCAGCGAGGAACUCAAGGAGGCCGACACGCGUCAGGGCUGCAUGAGUCCCACCUUUCCGACGCCCAUCACCCUGGAGAAGUCGGAGAGCUUCAGUGCUGUGUCCUUCUCCGAGGACUCUGUACUCUGCACUGAGAAGUGUGUGAUGAACAACUACUUUGGGAUCGGGCUGGAUGCCAAAAUCUCCCUGGAGUUCAACAACAAGAGGGAUGAGCACCCCAAAAAGUGCAGCAGUCGCACUAAAAACAUGAUGUGGUACGGCGUCCUGGGGACCAAAGAACUGGUGCAGAAGACCUACAAGAAUCUGGAACAGAGAGUUCAGUUGGAGUGUGAUGGAGUGGCCAUGUCCUUGCCCAGUCUUCAGGGUCUGGCUGUGUUGAACAUCCCCAGCUAUGCAGGGGGCAUCAACUUUUGGGGUGGCACCAAGGAGGACAACAAUUUCGGAGCGCCGUCGUUUGAUGAUAAGAAGCUAGAGGUGGUGGCCGUGUUCGGAAGCAUGCAGAUGGCCGUGUCUCGGGUCAUCAACCUACAGCACCACCGCAUCGCACAGUGUCGGCAGGUGAAGAUCACGAUCCUGGGUGAUGAAGGCGUACCUGUGCAGGUGGAUGGGGAGGCCUGGAUUCAGCCCCCUGGGAUCGUCAACAUCGUCCACAAGAACCGCGCCCAGAUGCUCACCAGAGACAGGAACUUUGAGAGCACGCUGAAGUCGUGGGAGGACAAGAAGAAGGGCGACAGCUACGGCUCGGCUCGGCCACGCCUCAAUUCCCAGCAGUCCAUGGAGUACCUCAGCGAGGAGGAGUGCGCCCAGGUGCAGCAGCUCGGCAUCGUGGCCGACACACUCAUCAACAGGAUACGCGAGGCAGCUAAGAGCCAUAAGGUGGUGGAGCAGGAGCUGGCCCAUGCGGUCAACGCCACGGCCCUGGCCCUCACAGAGGGCUUCCCAUCCAAACCAUCCAGCCCAGAGUGUCUGAGUCGCAGCGCAGCAGUGGAGAUUGUCAACACCAGCAAGGUGCUCCAGCAGGAGACCCGGACGCUUCUGGAGGGGAAACUACUGCAGCUGGAGUCGUCUCAGGAUCAGGAGCUGCGCUCCACCCUCAACAGCCUCGGAGCCGAGCUCCUCAAACUGGAGGACAUCCACUGGAUCUGUCCCAGCAUACACUGCGCUGAAGAGGAGGCCUCCAGGGGAGGUGGCAAGAGCAGUAUAAAGCUGAAGAUCAUGCCCAAGGCCAAGAAGGAGAGAGAGAAGCUCCACAAGCAGAAGUCCAACAGCUCCCUCUCAGCAGAGAGGUGGGACUCAGUGGAGGUAGCUGAUUGGCUGGAUGCGCUGGGGUUAGGGGAGUACAAAGAGAGGUUUCAGCACAUCCAGAGCUGGCAGCAGCUGGCGCAGCUUCAGAGGCAAGACCUUAAGGAUCUUGGGAUUUCAAAAGUGGGCCAUGUGAGGCGGAUUCUGCAGGCAAUUAAGGAUCUGGGAGAGCCGCUUUAACGCUGGGGCCGCUUUGACCUCACACCCAGCAGGUGGCGCUGUUGAUGCCGGACGCAAGGGAGGACAGGGAACGCGUCAACCAUCCCCUGCUCACCUUUUCUCCAACAAAGAGUGGGGAGCUACUGCUAUCAAGUCCUGCUAUCGUCCCUGAAUUGCAUAGCAUUGCAUUGCAUCGACGUUGUGGUCACAUUCGUUUGCCGUUUCGUUUUUUGCCCUGCAGAUGUGCGUUUGAUUGCCUCGAGCGUGGGCAAAGAUUACCAGUCAGUGGAGGAAGGGGGGGAACCCCCCCCCCCCAAAGCCAUCUAGUCGUCUUUAUUUCUCUCUUUUUUCCGCUCGCUUGUAUUUCUGCUUCUCACCUGACUUAGUAUGUUUACUUAAGAUUCCUUGCAUGAAGUUACACAUUUUUUUGGUACUCAAAUAACAAUGUUACACUCUCUAUCUCUCUCUCUCUUUUUCUCUGUAUUACUCAUCAGAAGCCAUGGGACAAUUUAUUUCCUCCUCUUGAAAAAUCUCAGACUUCUUACUUUCUUCCUUUUGCCAAUAAGAACAAAAAAACUGUAAGAUUUCAAUGUCUGUGGAAAAAGAAACAAACCAACCAACAAAAAAAAAAAAAAUUCACGCACACACACAUAGUCUUGAAUGUAACCUUUGGACUUUGAUUAUGGCUGGGCUCUAUGUAGACCUAUUGAGUACUAUUUAAUCCCCUUUAGAAGAUCAAUGUCCUUGCAUGCCUUCCAGUGCUGCUGUCUGUGUGGACUAAACGCAGUAAGAUUUUAAUACCGCUCCCAUUCUUUCUGAAAAGAGACUUGAAAAAACUCUUAUUUUUCUGCUGGAUGGCUGUUGUUCCAGUAGCUUCAGUGAUGUAAAGUACAUUUGUGCCAAUUUCAUUUUGAGUGCAGUGGUUUAACUUACAAGUGAGCUAUUUUUUUUCAUAGAGAUUUUUUCCUUUGUGUGUGUGUGUGUGCACGUGUGUGCGUGCGUGUGUGUGUGUGUGCGUGUGGGUGUGUGUGUGCAAACAGAUGCUGUACAUCACGCAUUUCAAAAUGAUUUUAUCUUGCCUUGCACUUUAAGAAAAAAGGAGUUACUUAAAUGCAAAAAUUUUUAUGUGUGGUACAAAUAUCCUGUAAUAUGUUUUUAUAAAUGUAAUAAUAGAUUAAGGACCCCCACCCUCUGUAUUUAUGGCAAAUCUGUAAAAGGAAUUGUGAAAACGUACACAUUAUAUAUAUAUAUAUAUAUAUAUAUAUAUAUGAAACAUAUAGUAUAACAUAAAUGAAUGUGAAGAUAUAUACAGAUGUAUCUCUUGAAAGGGUUGUGUGCUCCCCUUCCCUGUGUUGAGUUUCCUGGAAGCUUGAUCUUCUCCAAAGUGAACUAAAAACAUAGACCUUGAUAUUGCG